ACAAUAGUCAGUCUCCUGGGCUCCUCUGUCCGUCUGUGAGUCUGUCACUCCAGUGAAACCUCACCUUGCUCCCGCAGUUAUGUCGGAUGUAGAGGAGGAAUACGAAGAGGAGGCGGUGGCAGAAGAGGAGGAGCCAGAGGAGGAGCCAGAAGAAGAACAACAGGAGGAGGAUGGGGAAGAGGAGGAAGCUCAAGAGGAGGAAGAGGAGAAACGCCCCAUACCCAAGCCUAUGGUGCCCCAGCUCGCCCCUCCCAAGAUUCCAGAGGGGGAUAGGGUAGAUUUUGACGACAUCCACAGGAAAAGGAUGGAGAAGGAUCUUCUGGAGCUGCAGAGUCUGAUUGAUGUCCAUUUUGACCAGAGGAAGAAGGAGGAGGAGGAGCUCAUUGCACUGAAGGAACGAAUCGAGAAGCGUCGGUUUGAGAGGGCGGAGAUACAGCGUGUUAGAGCGGAGAAAGAGCGGGACCGGCAGAACAGGAUAGCGGAAGAACGACAGAGGAAGGAGGAUGAAGAGGCGAAAAAGAGAUGCGAUGACGAGGCCAAAAAGAAGAAGGUUCUCUCCAACAUGGGGGCCAAUUUUGGGGGAUUCUUGCAAAAGGCAGAGCAGCGUGGUAGAGGCAAGCGUCUAACAGGGAGAGAGAUCAAGAGGAAGACCUUGGCAGAAAGACGACCCUCCCUGGAAAUUGACAGCUUAAGAGAGGAUGCCCUAAAACAACGAGCUCAGGAGUUUUGGAACUGGAUCUACACACUGGAGUCGGAUAAAUUUGACUUCUUGGAUCACAUGAAAAAGCAGAAAUAUCAGAUUACCGUUCUCUUGAACAGAAUCACCAGUGCCCAGAAAUUUAAAAAAGUCCAUGGGAAGGGGAAAGUCGGAGGUCGUUGGAAGUAAAAAUAUAUAUAAUUUGCCGCUCCGAAAUGGCAGAAGAGAGAAAAAGACUACUGGGAAGACAAGGAGUGAGAGCUCACAUCUCUCCAUCUCUCAUUGUGGCCACCCUUACUUAUGUUCUCAUGGUUUUAAUUACAAAAUACAUUUGAUAAUAAUGUGUUAACAAUAAAACAAAUGCUGUA